ACUUGAUCUGGAAAUUGAUUGGUCUACACCAAGUAAACCAUCAAAAUAUUCCCUGUUCUUUUUCUGAGCUUUACCUCAUGUCACAGAGUCAUGACACACGGCCAAGUCACUAUUGGAAGGCCUUGGCCAUUUUCUUUUUUUUGGUCCAUACGAUUGGUCCAGUUGGACCGGUCUUGUUCGUUUAUGUAGUAAAAAACGGACCUGGUGAUUUUAUAUUGUUUUCAAACGAGUCUUGACAAAGACUCCCAUGGCCUGUAUUAACAUUUGCAGGUCCGUCACGAUAUAUGUUUGAAAAAUUAUAUUCAAAAACUGACCCUUGCACUCUUAACUGUGCUUUUUUUUAAUACACUUGGUUUGUUCCAGAAGUACAAUACUGGGUAUAGAUAUAAUAUACUAAGUGGGGGAGGGGGUUGCAUAUUAUAAAAUUUCUUCAUCUAAAUAAAUUUGAUAUACCUUCAUGGCCUCAAGGAUUAAAUAUGAUAAAGAAUUUUUAAGGGAUUUUCUGAAGAAGAAAAUAUGUGCCAUUAUUGCCUAAAUAAUCUAGUAAAUGACACAGACCAUUCAAAGUUUUUUGAUCAUCAUUUAAUAAUACACAACAAUAUCAUUGGUGUCUGUGCAAUAGUCCUGAGUAUUUCAAACAAGGUACUAGUAAUCGACCGAUGUUCUAUUACACGAGGCCGAAAGCAGAGUGCAAUAAAACAUCGGUCGAUUACCAGUACCGAGGAUCAAAUAUUCUGGACUAUGGUACAGACACCAAUGAUAUACUUGUUUUAAUACAUUAUCAUUAAAACACACUUAGAACUACUGAAAUCUUGACUUUCCUGUAGGCCUAGUGGUUGCCAUGACUUUCGUCUGACAAUGUUGACAUCUGAGUGACUUAGACGCUUGUGUACUGUAAUAUGUUCAGUACCAGUUUUUAUGAUUAUACAUAGAACUUGUAAAUCAUCAUAUCUACAUGUACACAUGUUAGCUAAUCUGCCAGUGAUAUAGAUAGACCUUUGUUCUCUAAACAACUUGGAUGUUAUCUAUACCAUGUUCAUGUAAUACUGGUUGUUUUCAAUUAUCUUUGUGUAGUUCUAAUUAAUGUGGUAUUUACAUGUUGACUUUAGGUCACAAACCCCAUGACCAUAUUAAGUCGGGGAAAUCUAUCUGUCCGGCCAAUGCACAUUAAGAUUAGUAUAAAAGACUACCACUUUGCUCAUAGCCAUGUCACUCCUGCCAUCUUAGUAUGGAUACAACAUAUACCUACAUCAUGAUCAAUAAACAAGAGGAACCAACAAUCAACGACUUCCUCAUUAUUCAUCUCUACAACUACAACUUUACAAAAAUAAAGGGUAGGACUAAAUUCUGAAACUUCACUGGUGUUCAAAAGUUGGCACAUGACCGUGCAAUAGUCAUUUUAGUCAUGUAAUAGUUCAAAAUAUAGCUUAUGCAUAUAGUUUAGGAAAGUUGAUAUAGUAAGAGUAGGGGCUAAUAUUUUUUUCUAUUUAACCAGAAGCAGAUGUGUUAUAUUUUUUUUUUUUGUAUUUGCCAUUAAAUGUUUAUCAAUGAUAGCUAUUCCGGAUAUCUAGUCCGUAUCUGAUUUCAGAGAGUGCGUUAUUAGUCACGCCGUACAUUGUAGCUCUUCAUCAGUAAGGUAAUGAAGUUCACUUCCAAAGUUUCUCUAUCAAUGGCGAGUUGGGUUAUCUGUCAAGCGAACAACAAACACAACAUUAUGGCGAUGAGGAUGACUUGUCAGUGUGAAAACCUAUUGCAAGUACGUUCAACAAUUAGUAGUGACACUAAUGAACAGUAAAAUUAAUUGAAUUGAGUUUGGAAAGUCAGCAAAAGUUACGGCGAAUUGUUUCUUCUGUAACCACGUGGUACUUGGGUUUGGCGCAGUUUUGAAGCACGUGGAAUCCAGACGGUCAACAUCGAAAUAUCAGUCAAUAUUUUGCCUUAGGAUAUUGUCAUGGCGGGCAAAAUAGGUCGUUUAGAUACAUUUGAUACUAGUCUGGAAAGUUGGGACUCGUACAGUGAAAGAUUGGAACAAUAUUUCAUUUGUAACGAUAUCAAGGACGAGAAGAAAGUUCCCGCUCUUUUGAGUUUAAUCGGGGGGAGCACGUAUUCAUUACUUAGAGGACUCACGGCUCCAAAGAAACCUUCUGAGGAGGGAUUAGACCGAUUAGUUGCCCUGUUGAAAGAACAUUUUAGCCCCAAACCACUAGUCAUAGCAGAAAGAUUCAGGUUUCACAAGCAAGACCAGCGUGAAGGUGAGACAAUACGUGAAUAUUUAGCUGCUAUAAGGAAACUAUCCGAACAUUGUGAAUUCGGUGGAGCUUUGUCAGAUUCGCUUCGCGAUCGACUUGUAUGUGGGUUGAAAAAUGAACAUAUACAACGAAAACUCUUGUCUGAAGUCGAUUUGACAUAUGAUAAGGCGGUAGAUUUGUCGGUUGCCAUGGAAACAGCCGCUAGAGACACUACUGAGCUGCGAGGGAGCAUCAGUGUAAACAAGAUACAUAAACAGAAUGGUGGUAAACUAAAACUGAAGACUUUUCCUAUACAAGGCAUGCAACAGAACAAGUACACAAAAACAUGUUACAGAUGUACAGGUAAUCAUGAUCAGAAAGACUGCAGGUAUAAAGGGGAGACAUGCUACAAGUGUGGAAAAAGAGGACACAUCAAAAAGGCCUGUCGAGGGAAAGGUGGUGACAGAAGAGUGCAUAGUAUAGAGACUAAACAUCAGUAUGAUUCUGAUUCUAGUUCAGAAAUUGCUCACAUUGAAGUUGUUAGUGUAAACUCUACAAAUAACAGUAAACAAGAUGCCAUUUGGUUGACUCCAAGGUUAAAUGGGCACGAGUUGGACAUGGAACUGGACACAGGUUCUGGAGUAUCCAUUGUCACAGAAGAAGUUUACAGGAAAAAACUCAAUGGUAAGAUGAAACACUUAUCUCAAACCGAUGUCUGUUUGAAAACAUACUCGGGAGAACGACUUAACACAAAGGGUAUUGCCAAGGUUAAGGUCGAGUAUAACGGUCAGUCAAAAUUACUAGACUUGUAUAUAGUCGAAAAUGGUGGAAGACCAUUGUUCGGACGAGAAUGGUUUCGACAAAUAACAUUGGAUUGGCACAGGAUCCACAGCAUAGUGAAAGUACACACCGGUACAAAUACAGCUGUACAGCAACAGGUCGAGGAAAUAAUGAACAGACACAAGUCUUUUUUCCAAGAUGAUUGGGGGACUCUUAAGGACAUUAAAGCUAAGUUGAAUGUGAAGCCAGGAGCCCACCCCAAGUUCUGUAAAGCUAGACCAGUGCCAUAUUCUAUUAAGCCCAAGGUUGAGGAGGAAAUCGACCGACUUGUCAAAGUGGGAGUAUUAACCAAGGUAAAUUACAGCGAUUGGGGAACGCCCAUUGUUCCUGUUAUCAAGAAAGAUGGAUCUGUCAGGUUGUGUGGUGACUUCAAGGUGACCUUGAACCCGGUGUUAGAGGUUGACCAGUAUCCAUUGCCACGCGCGACAGACAUUUUCGCAUCAUUAGCUGGUGGUCAGAAAUAUAGUAAGCUGGAUUUACAACAUGCAUAUCUCCAGAUGGAGGUGGAUGAAAGCUCUAGAGACUUACUCACCAUAAACACUGAAAAGGGAUUGUAUCAGUUCAAUCGCCUUGUAUAUGGAGUAGCAUCGGCUCCCGCAGUUUGGCAACGUGCUAUGGACACAGUCCUACAGGGAUUAAAAGGGGUUCGAUGUAUUAUCGACGACAUGUUGAUCACUGGAAGAAGUGACGAGGAACAUUUACAAAAUCUAGAGGCAGUCAUGGAUUGCCUAGAUAAAUACGGUCUACGGUUACGCAAAGACAAAUGCGAGUUUUUCAAAGACCAAGUAUCAUUUUGUGGACACAACAUUGAUGCUGAGGGCCUGCAUAAGUCAGAAAAUAAGGUCAAGGCAGUACUAGAGGCACCAGAACCAAUGGACGUCUCACAGCUGAGAGCGUUUCUGGGCUUGGUCAACUAUUAUGGGAGAUUCCUUCCUAACUUGUCAACAGUUCUACAUCCCCUACACCGUCUCCUAGACAAGGGUAAAACAUGGGAGUGGAAUCACAAAUGUAAGGAGGCAUUUGACAAGGUCAAGCGACUAGUAACUUCACAGGAAGUACUCACUCACUAUGAUCCUAAGAAACCACUUAGGUUGGCCUGCGACACCUCACCCGUAGGACUUGGUGCUGUGUUAUCACAUGAAACUGAAAAUGGAGGGGAACGUCCUAUCGCGUAUGCUUCAAGAACUUUGAGUGCUGCAGAAAAGAAUUACUCUCAAAUCGACAAGGAAGCUCUUGGUCUAAUUUGGGGAGUAAAACAUUUUUAUAACUAUGUUUUCGGUCGUAAAUUCACAUUGAUUACAGACCAUAAACCCCUGGUGUCUAUAUUUAGUCCAGAGAAGGGAAUUCCAGGAACCACGGCAGCUAGAAUGCAGAGAUACGCGUUGUCUUUGUCAGGUUUGACAUAUGACAUUGAGUAUAAAUCUACUCACAAACACGGUAAUGCAGACAGCUUAUCAAGAUUACCCCUAGAUGUUAAACACAGUGACAAUGAGGAGGACAAAACUGUGAAUGCUAUACAUAUUCACCAGUUAGAACAACUACCAGUGACCCAGUCUCAGGUUAGAAGGGAGACAACUCGUGAUCCUGUACUUGCUAUUGUACUACAGACAGUGAUGAGUGGUUGGCAAGAGGAGUUGUCUGAUGAUACUUUGAAACCAUAUUUUGUGAGGAAAAAUGAGAUCACAGAACAUCAAGGAUGCCUUCUGUGGGGAAUGAGGGUGAUCAUACCACCAAAAUUACAAGCUCAUGUGUUAAAUGAGAUACACAAUGGUCAUAUUGGAGUUGUACGGAUGAAAGCAGUAGCUAGAAGCUAUGCUUGGUGGCCAAACAUAGACUGUGACAUUGAACAGAUGUGCAAGUCAUGCACAGGAUGCCAGAGUGUAAAGGGAGCACCACAUGUGGCUCCACUCCAUCCUUGGAAUUGGCCUACUAAACCCUGGCAUCGUAUACAUAUUGAUUUCGCGGGUCCAUUUCUAGAUGCUAUGUAUCUCAUCAUUGUGGAUGCAUAUUCAAAGUGGCCCGAGGUGGUGAAGAUGAGGACGACGAAGUCGGAGAAAACCAUUGACAUACUCAGAACAGUAUUUUCUUGUAACGGAAUACCAACCGAGAUUGUCAGCGACAAUGGACCUCAAUUCACCUUCGAAACUUUCAAGAACUUUGUAAAGGCUAACGGAAUCCGACACAUCACAUCAGCUCCUUACCAUCCCCGUACGAAUGGGUUGGCGGAACGAUUUGUUCAGUCAUUUAAGUCAGCGAUGAAGGCAAGCAAGAAAGAUCAUGGCUCACUUACCAAGAAACUAGCUAAUUUCCUAUUGGCGUACAGGAACUCUCCACAUCCUACUACCAAUGAAAGUCCUGCUAAGUUGUUUCUUGGAAGACAGUUACCUUCAAGGUUAGACCUCAUACGUCCAAACGUCCAGGAACGAGUUGCUCAUCAACAAGGAAAGAUGAUGGAAAAACGUAAAUCUUCGACGAGGGAAUUUGAAUUAGGACAGUCUGUGAAGAUUCGUGAUUAUUGUCGGGGAGGAACUAACAAGUGGGUAUCCGGAAAGAUCACACAGAGAACAGGACCAGUAUAAUAUCGUGUGGAAGUAUUCCCAGAAAUAUUUUGGCGAAGACAUGUUGAUCAGAUUAGAGAUGCACACGCGCAGAUUCCAGUUAACACACCAACAGUUUAUCCAUCUGUGCCUAGAGUGUCAAAACCUCUAAACAAGUCUCAAGAUCCACCUGUGACUCCAGUUACCACAUGUGGUGAUUCUGAUUCUACACCACCCAUAUCUGAGAGCAGUAUACCUGAAUCACCACCAGUCACCAUUCACAAUUCCAGCCCGGAGCCGAGGUACCCUGUGAGACCCAAUCGGAUGAGUGCUCCGUCAAAGUACAAAGACUGUUAAAUUUUAGUUGUGGUCAUACGUGUGGUAGUGCAUAAUAAUCCCUGUAUGAACCACGGAACCCCAUCGGUUCCUUAUCAAGUUUAUUUCCUUUGAUAUUGUUUUAACCAUAUCAUCAGUAAUGAUAAGUGUUAUAUUAUCUACAUAUAGAUAGAGACUGUUUCACAAUAGACUGCUAAUUGUGUAUUUUGAAAAGAAAUCUAGUCAUUAAUAACAUUUCAUUUUAUAGUCAUGGUAUGUCAGAGCUAGACAGGAGGAUAUGUUAUGUAUUUGCCAUUAAAUGUUUAUCAAUGAUAGCUAUUCCGGAUAUCUAGUCCGUAUCUGAUUUCAGAGAGUGCGUUAUUAGUCACGCUGUACUUUGUAGCUCUUCAUCAGUAAGGUAAUAAAGUUCACUUCCAAAGUUUCUCUAUCAAUGGCGAGUUGGGUUAUCUGUCAAGCGAACAACAAUCACAACAAGAUGCCUGUGGUUUGAUACUCUUGUUUCAAGUUUUUUCAAUCUGUUCUCUUAUAGAUUUUUUACGCAGCAACAGAUAUAUAUAUUCACAUGCAUUUUCGUGUUAUUA